AUGUUCGACGGCACCGGCCUCCACGGAGUGUGGGACGUCCUUGACCGCGAGAUCGGCGUCAAGAACGUGCCGGCCAGCACCACCCUGCCAUGGGCCUUGGCGCUUUUCAGCGGGAUGCUCGUCCAGGUCGGGGCUGACGGAGCGGCCCGGCUCCGCCUGGGCACCGGCUCCGUGGGCGCGGCCGAGACGGCCUCGCCCGACAGGCUCUUGGAACGCCUCACCGCGCAGGUGGAGGAGCUCCGCGCGGUUUUCGAUGGGGCCUUGAAGGCGCUCGACGCGUCGGCCGAGUGCGACGGCCUCGCGGGCCGAUUGGCGGCUUGCGCGGCUUCGCUGAGGCCGCCCUGCUGGCGGGCUAAAGCCCGACGGCGCUGCAGCGGCUGCGGCGCAACGUCGCCUUGCAUGCGGCUCGUGUGCCAGGCAACCUGCGCCAUGUCCCGGCGGUCGCCUAGCAGCACCGCUGCGAAGGGGCAUCGGCUCGGGCAGGCCGCGGCGGUCGAGAACGCAGCGUUCAUGGGCGCGGUGGCGGCGGAGGAGGCCGUGGUUCCGCACGUGAGCGAUGCCGGGCAAAGCGUCACGACGGCCGCGGCGCCGCUGGUGGACGACACGGUGUUCAUUGCAGUUGUGACCGAGUUUGUCGUCGAGAUCGAUGGGAAGGAGUCCGAAGUCAGGGCGGCGAAGUCGGAGGCGGUGAGAUUUGUCAAAGCCCCGUGCCCGCCGCCAGGCAUGUGGCAGGCGGUGGACGUGGCGAGGGGGCCCUUUGCCGAGGACGCGCUGGAGCCAGCCGCGAAGCGGGAACAUGACCAGCUCGACCGAUACGAGCAGCACCGCUACGCCCAGCACGACGGCGAGCAGUACGACCGAGAGCAGCACCACGAGUGUAAAGAGCACGACUGGUACCAGCAGCACGGGUACGCCCAGCACGUCGGCGAGCAGCACGACCGAGAGCAGCGCCGCGAGUGUGACGAGCACGUGCUUGCGGCCUUGCUGUUCUGGGCGCUCUCGGCAUGGAAUGCCGCCGGCCAUCGGGGGAGUGCAGGAUGUCAGCUGGAGCCGACUCGGCAGCUGCCAAUCCCCCUCACAAUGCUGUGCCUCGCAGGCCAUCUCACGUGCGCUCUCGCUGUGCUCACCUGUCUCUCUGUGGGCCUGCUGCUUGCCGUACUAACGAUCGGGCGGCGCCUCAUGGCCCGGCCCUCCAAGGCGUGCGGUCUCGUGCAGAAGUAUGGCAAGAAGUACGCUCUCGCGAUCGUGCUGCUCGUAAGUUGCCUGCUGGCCGCUGCGGUCGGUGCCGCCAGCUACACGAUGACGUUGGCCACGGCUACAUUGACUGCAAUGGCCGCGACGUGGACCGAGCUGGGCUUCGACUGCACGCUGGGGUACCCCGGGGAAGGACGCCGCGACGUGGUGCGCCACGCUCCCCCGGACGGGCAGAGCAGCUACGUGCGCGAUGUGUACUUCCACUAUUCCGCCGCAGCCGACGCGCAACUCCAACUCGACACGGCCAGGCGCGCCAGCAGCGACACCAACGCCGAAUGGGCGGACGCCAUCACGCCAGAAAUGGUCCAACAACCAGUGCCCACGGCCGCCCAUAUACCGCCGCACGCUCGCGGGGUGGUGGGCGCCAUCAUAGCGGAGCACACGAAGGCUUUCGCCCACGAGAUCCACCGCGGCACCCCGGAGUCCAUCACCAAGGCGGCCAAGCGUUGGUUCAUGCUCCCUAAGCUGCUCUCGGGCGCGCCAAUCUCCGAGGAAGUGCAGGAACUGGCGAAGGCCGCCCGCCCCCUCCCGCUCACCAAGACCCCCACCCGAAUCCGCCCCAUGAACCUCGCCAGCCCGCUCCGCCGUCUCGCGUCCAAGGCGGUCAACAAAAUGGCAUCGGACGAGGUCGCCGAGGGGCUUCGCGGCAAGCAGUGCGGGUGCAAGCACACGGCUGGGGCGGAACUGGUCCACAAGCACGUAUCCACUGCCCUCCGCGUCCGCCCGGACUACGCCGUGCUCUUUCUGGGCGCUGCAGACGCCUUCCAGAACCUGAGCAGGGUGUACAUCAACGGAGGUAUCGAUGCUCACUGCCCAAAACUCCGCCGAUGGGCAAGAGGCUGCCUGCCGGACGCCGGGCAGGUUGUCUACCACGACACCGGGGGCAGAAGACGCAUGUGGAACCAAACGACUGGUAUCUUCCCGGGGUGCGGCAUGGCCACCGCGCUCUUCUGUCUCGGACUCGACCGAGCCCUCGAGAGGGCCAAACGCCAACUCGACGCAGCAGGUGUACAGCACGAGCUUUUCGGCUACGUCGACGACCUCACCAUCCUUGCGAAGCCUGAGGACCUGCCCACCAUAUAUGCAGCCUACACCAACGCACUGAGCCAAGCCGGCCUCCAAGCACGCGUCGACAAAUGUGAGGUGUGGGCGAGGGAUCCUGCCGCGAUACCAGCGGGCCUGCCCGCGCCGCGAGUAGAGCAGCCCACGAUCUUACGACAACACGCCGACGACUACUCUGGCCUGGCACCGACGCCGGUAACCGCCGACCAGCGCGCCGAGGAGGGCAGCCUAGCACAUGUCAACGCGCUGACGCAGGAAGAGGCACCGCAGCAGGCGCCCGACACGGAGCCGCCCGACACCACCCAGCAGCGCUUUACCAGGCACAGGCGGCACGCAGAGUGGACGCAGUGGCUGCGGCGCACCCAGACGGAACCGCAUCAACGGGCCUGGGCUCUUAGCGCGACGGGCAAGGGGGCAGGCGCGUGGCUCGGGCCGCCCGCGCGGCCCGACCACCACCUCGCUGACGCCCACUUCAGGAUGGCCGUGAGACACAGACUCGGAGGUCUCGUACGCGCAUCUGACGGCCCCUGUCCCUUCAGAAAGGAGGACGGAACCCUCUGCGCCGGCGCCGUCGACACUAACGGACGCCACGCGCUAUGCUGCUCCUAUGGCGGCUUCGCGGUUAAGAGGCGCAACAACCUGCGCGACACCAUCGCGCGAACCCUACGUGAAGCCGGCAUUCGCGACAUCGCAGUCGAGCCAUGGAUUCGCCCGCCCACCGGGCCGGGCAAUCCGGGUCUCCGCGCGGACCUCGGGUGCACCGACAGUGACGGCCAGUGGGCUUAUCUGGACUUAGCGAUCGUGCAUCCCGCCUCGCAGCAGAGCCUGCAGGCCGGAGGGGCCCACGCCCAAGGCACCGCUGCGAGACUGGCCGAACAGGCCAAGCGCCGCAAAUGCAACGGAGUCGCUGGUUUUCAGCCCCUCGGCUUCGAAGUGUCGGGAGCCAUGGGCGAGUCCACCCGGAAAUGGCUCGCGCAGCAAGUGCCUGAGGGCCCUGGGCGACUGGGGACUCUCAGCACUCUCCACCGGUCCAUCGCCACCUGCGUGGUCCGGGAGGCAUCGCAGGGCGCGAGCUACCCACGUGAGCAGGAGGGGCACGCCGCCGGGCCAGCCCGGCGAGCGGGCGCGAGCCAAGGCGCGUUGGAGGCCGUCGCUCCGCGUGGGUGGGUCGCCGCCGCGACGCGGCUCGCCGUCGGCGCCGCGCUCGGCCUGGCCCCGCUGGCAGCGCUGAAAGGGUCCGCGGCUGUCCUAGGGUGGUCGCCGCAGGGUGUGACGAGGGACCACGCGGACCAUCCAGCGCCAGGCUCGUCCAGCCCGCGCCAGCGAAUCGCCAGGCAGAAAAGCCUCCCCGACACGCGAGCGAGCGGCACGUGGAAGAACCGGGUGCCGAAGUCGGAGCGCCUGAGCUCGCUGCAGGCUCACCUGGAGCACAGCGUCAUGCAGCAGGUGCGCACGGACAGGUGGCGGGGCAUGCCCCUGGUGCCGCUGCUGCAGGAGCUGGAGCGGCAGGUGGAAGAGGCGAACCCUGGCGAGGGGGAGGAACGCGUCUCCUUCCUUUGCCACCGCCGGCUGCGCAAGCUUGCCGCCGCACUGGAGCUCGGCUGGGAGUUGGAGCUGCUGGGCCCAGACGCGGGCGAGCGAGUUGGAGAGGAGUACGGACAGGCGGUCGGCGCGCAGCGCUCCGCGAUCUGGCACCAGGAGGCCAUGGCCAGCGCCAUACAGGCGCUCCGGGACGCUGGAGCCUCGAGGAUCCUGGACAUCGGGUCCAGCUACAACCCUCUUCAGGGCGAGUUCCCGGAGGUCACGGCGGUCGACCUGGUUCCCGCAGGCCCAUCCGUGCUCCAGGCGGACUUCCUGGAGGUUCCGCUGCGGGACGGCAUUCAGGGGGCCCCAACUGCCCCAGCAGCCUGCGCCCGCCUCUGGCCGGGCCAGCCCGGGGCCCGGCCGGGAGUCGGUGAAGGUGGUUGCAUACACAGCUGGCGCCCUGCUCAGGCAUCGGCGCCGCUCUCCUGGAGCCGUCGGACCCACAGCGCUGCGCGGCGCUCCCGCUGCGGCACUUCGACGGGGCGGUGCUCUCGCACGUGCUGCGUUCCAUGCCGACGAGGCGGGAGCGGCGGCUGGCGAUCGCGCGCGCCGCGCAGACGCUGCGGUUCGGCGGGGUGCUGGUCAUCGCCGAGCUUGGCGGGCUGGACCACCUGCUGUUCAACAACCGCCGGCCGCCCGUGCCGCCCUGGGGCGGCUGGGGUCUCGAGCGGACGGCCCAGCACGACCUCUCCCAGGGCGCGGUCGUCAGCGUGCUUGUGCGCCUCGGAGAGGUAGGUGCCAACGAGGCCGAGGACCCAGCGGUGCGUUCGGCAGAGGCGCUUAGGCCCGGGUCGGCGCCGGCGAGCGGCGGCGCGUCCGAGACGCGAGGCGGAGGCGGCGAGGAAGAGCCCGUGCUCAGAGGCGAGGUGGAGCACGUCGUGCUCCGGCUGAGGAGGCGGCGCAGGGCGCGCUGGGCGGCGGAGGCUGCGAGGAGAAGCCCCAGCCCCCCGCAUGUCGUGUCGGCGGCGC